CCGCUGCUUGGCGAGCCGCAGCAUGGGUGACCAGUAGGUGCUUUCGCAUCGCUGCACCACGGGCAUGAGCGUUCGCCAACACGGGCGGGUCUGGUCUGCACGCGUUGCACAGAAAUGACACACGUCAUUGGCUCGGCCAAUUGGCGCGCGCUUAGAUAACACCAUGACGUGGCAAGCGGAGAACGCAAGGUUCAGGCAACGACGACCAGAUUGGCAAUGCCGAACAUGGAGCACGUUGCUUCAAGGCGUGGCGACAGCGAUGAAUGGCUCCGGGCCGUGGGCGAGGAAACCUCGCUGGUCAUCGCACAAACCAACUUGCCUUGCUAUGGUGUCGUUGUUCCGCCUCGCGCUCGCGGCUUGCUUGAUGCCCGACGUCUUUGCGUCUCUUGGCCUCUGCUCGGCGGUCAAGCCGUACUCGUACUCGCUGGCAAAGGUCCAAUUCCCGCACCUCAAGGCCGCGCUUGAGACGGUGGAAACCCAGCCAAUCGCAACGUGGUACACGGACCGCGACAUCGACUCCAAGCACCAAGCCGCGCUCGCCGUCGGCAACUGCCCCAAGGGUAGCCGCCCGACCAUUGUCGUCUACGGUCUCCCCAACAAAGAUUGCCAGGACCACCACUCGACCGACGGCGCCAACAAGACGCCGGAACAGUACGUUCAGUUCUUGACGGACCUCAGCACGACCGUCGGCGACAACAACGUCGUGUACAUCCUCGAGCCAGACGCCGUCGGUCUCCUCGUCGGAGGCUCGGCGUGCGCGACGACGUUCGAGUACGAGCGCAACCUCAUCAACGCCGUGUCGCUCCUCGGGCGCAACCCGCAGGCCGACAUCUACAUUGACAUUGGGUUCUGGGUGCUGGGCCCAGCCAACGAUGCCAAGAUCGCGCGCGUGCUCUCCAAGCUGGACCCGACGGGCACCCGCCUUAAGGGCAUCUCGAUCAACACGUCCAACUUCCGCACCACGUCCGAGCUCGUGCAAAUGUGUGGCAACUUCUCGGCGACGGCGCGGGCGACGGCCAACCGGACCGUCACGUGCGUUCUCGACGUCUCGCGCAACUUUGCAGGGCCCGACCCGACGAGCCAGUGGUGCAACCCGAAGGGCCGCGGCAUUGGACGCCCGCCGACCAUCCUCUCAGGCGAGCGCCUCAUCGACUACAUGCUCUGGAUCAAACCGCCGGGCGAGAGCGACGGCAACUGCAACGGUGGCCCGACCGCGGGCGCGUUCUUCCUCGACGGCUUUGUCGAGCUCUGGAACAACGGCUACUUUGUGCAAGCCAAGGGUAUGAACAAGGUGUCGGCCAUCGCGCCGUAG